UCCGCAGUCACUGCCAGAACUUCACGCGGUAAACCCGCUUUUCGGCGGUGUAACGAGAUUUUUCAGUUCGAGCCAAACAGAAAUAAGUUAAUGUAAAAAGCAAAAAGGCCAACGGGGCUUAUGCUACCACGAAAUACGCGAAUAAAGAGAGAACCGCCCACUUCCCACUUCUUGUCUAUUCUUUUGUGGGGACGCGAACAAAGCCGCGAAACGGUUAACGGGCUGCGGGAAUCGGGAAUCGGGAAUCGAGCAUCGGUAUCGGGAAUAUACUAAAAAACGAGAGAACAAGGAAAACCUUCCUUUGUGCAGGCACUGCGUGCCAAUUAAUUGCGUUUUCGUCGCCAAGUGGCUAAUGUGCAUUUGAUAUUGAAAUUUAAAGUCAAUCCGGCCCAGCCCAAGUCAACCCAAUUCAACGCCCCCUGCUCCUGCUUGUCCCCCAUUCGUAUGCGUCAUAUGUAAAAGAGCGGAAAAGGGCGCACAGGAGAGGGAAGGCCAGGGAAAGGCAAGAAGCAGUGGCCACAACAGAAGCAGCAAGCACAGAACAAGAAGCGCAAAACAGAACUAAACAAGGGAGCCCCCACCCACAUCCCCUGUUGUUGUUGUUGCUGUUGCUGUUGUUGCAGCUGUUUUAUGCUGCCGGCUGUUUGUGUGCGUGCCGCCACUGCGCAUGUGUGUCUGUGUCAACCCCCGCGGACAAAAAACCACAAGGAAAGUGAAGCAAAAGUGAAAAGUUCGGUUCCCUGUUUAUCAUUUCGAGUCGUUAGUCCGGCACAACAAUUAAUUAAGCCUCGAAAAAAAUAGGGAAAAAUUGUUGUGAUCCGAGUGAUCGAGGAAGAGGCCCAAGUGUUCUUUAUAUCGGGGAAAAGAGAGAGCUGGAAAAGCCUGAAAAAUGAGUUCCACAAGUGUCGCCGCCGUUCUGCUGGCUUUCGUAACCCUGGCCUCGGGAAUCCAGGAGCUAACUCUCCCACACCAAAGAUCUCCGCCCACCUCUGAGCAGCGGGACAUGCAGAACACCAAGCCCGCCUCCCAGGAUGACAUGUACAAUUACCUCAUGCAGUUUGAUUACCUGCCCAAGUCGAACCUGGAAUCGGGUAAUCUUCUCUCCGACGAGAAGCUGACAGAAGCAAUCGAGAGUCUCCAGGCUUUUGGCAACAUUCCAGUUACGGGCAAAAUCGACGCGGCAACGGCCCGGCUCAUACAGAAGCCCCGGUGCGGCGUGGGCGACCACCGCUCGGCCAAUAGCUUCUCGCCGGAUAAUCUCUAUCACGACGGCGGCUACGGAGUGCGGGUGCGGCGCUACGUUCUCCAGGGACCCAAGUGGUCGAGGACGGACCUUACGUGGAGCGUGGUCAACCGGACGAUGCCCGAUGCCGAGAAGGUCCGCAAGAUGGUGGCCCGGGCCCUGAGCGUUUGGGAGAACAACUCGAAGCUGACUUUCCGCGAGGUCUACAGCGACCAGGCCGACAUCCAGAUAGUCUUUGCACGGCUCCAGCACGGCGAUGGCUAUAAAUUCGAUGGACCCGGCCAGGUGCUGGCCCACGCCUUCUAUCCCGGCGAGGGGCGGGGCGGCGAUGCCCACUUCGACGCGGACGAGACCUGGGACUUCGAUGGAGUAGCAGACGAUAGCCGCGGAACCAAUUUUCUGAACGUGGCCCUGCACGAACUGGGUCACUCCCUGGGACUGGGCCACUCCUCGGACACGAAUGCGAUCAUGUUUCCAUGGUACCAGAACAACGAGGUGGACGGCAAGCUGCCCGACGACGAUCGCCACGGCAUCCAGGAGCUGUACGGCUCGAAGGAGAAGACCUGGGGACCCUAUAGACCACGUCCCACGACCACCACCACAACCACGACGACCAUGCGAACGCUGAGCUAUUACCCGGAUAAGCCGGUCUACAGACCCAAUAAGGAACGGGAGCGGGCGAGGGAUCGCCAGGAGCAGGAGCGGCGGCGUCAGGAGCAGGAGCGGCAGGAGCAGGAGGAUCGUCGGCGGGAACGGGAGUGGGAGCGCGAGAGGGAGCGACAGCGCCAGGAUCGGGAUCAGAAGGAGCGGGAGCGCCAAGAGAGGGAGCGCCAGGAGUGGGAACGUCAGGAGCGGGUGCGCAUAGAGUGGGAGCGGGCCAAUAGGGAAAGGUACACGAGCCAGAAACCAGUAACUCGCCCCACAACAACCACCAGGAGACCUACUUCCCGGCCAAAUCAAAAUGGAUGGCACCAGCAGACCCACCACCACAAAAAACCAAGGAAACCCAAGCCGGACACCUGCAUGACCUCCUACGACGCCAUCUCAAUGAUUCGCGGCGAACUGUUCAUCUUCCGUGGACCGUUCCUGUGGCGCAUUGGCGCAUCUGGUCUGUAUCCUGGCUAUCCCACGGAGACCAGGAGGCAUUGGUCUGCUUUACCCGAAAAUCUCACCAAAGUGGACGCGGUAUAUGAAAACAAACGGCGACAGAUUGUGUUCUUCAUAGGCCGUGAGUAUUAUGUGUUCAACUCGGUGAACCUGGCUCCUGGGUACCCAAAACCGCUCACUGAUCUGGGUCUUCCGUCCACUCUGUCCCACAUCGACGCCUCCUUCGUGUGGGGCCACAACAAUAACACCUUCUUCACCAGCGGCACUCUGUACUGGCGAUUCAACGACUCCACGGGUCAGGUGGAGCCCAGUUAUCCGCGGGACAUGAGCAUCUGGUCGGGAGUGGGCUACAACAUUGACACGGCGUUCCAGUAUGUGGACGGCAAGACGUAUUUCUUCAAGAACCUGGGGUACUGGGAGUUCAGCGACGACCACAUGAAGGUGGCCCAUCCCAGGCCCAAGCUGUCUUCCCGGAAAUGGAUGCAGUGCGCCCGAAGUGCCAACGAGGUGGAUGACGAGCAGCGAUAUACGGCGUCCUUGGUUUCCGGCGAGAAUGAGAGCGACGGAAGCGAGGGUACGGGGAGGAGUGGCGCCAGAGAGCUAAGGAUCAACCUCUUCCUGCUCCCGAUCCUCCUCUUUACCUUCACGAUCUGCAGGAGUAGGCUAAGCAAUCAAUAGCGUUAAUAGCCGUGGUUCUCCUCGCAUUUUUCACAAAAAAGAGUAGUUUUUGUAAGCAAAAAGUAAAUAAAAGAAAGGAUUUUAAUGUGUAAUUCAACUUCGCGAUUGAGCAACAAGUUCUCCAAAAAGUAUGAAACUAUAUUGUAAAUUAUGAUAACCAGAGCAGAUCUAACCAGAUCUAUAUGGCAGAGCGCAACUGUGUGACUGUCUGGCGCUGAAAUGCCCCCGAAGACGACACCGAGCGGCCUUUCCUUACAUUUAAUGGAAAUAAAUCGACACCCAAGUGAGAUUCGCACAUAGAUGACAAAUCUACGAUUCGCCCACUGGCCGAUUUAUUCAUGGACACUUGCCAAUUGUGCACACUGGCGCCAUCUAUUGAACAAAUAGCAGGGCUGUUUUACCAGAUCUUUACACCAUACACACAUAAGAUAAAUCCACAAUAUUAUACCGUAGCUAUAAGUCAUAGUAGUUUUAGGUAUAUACAGGAAGCGUCGAAUAUCCCAAGUUGAAAUUCGAAACCACAACUGCCUUAUAAAUAAGUAUAUUAUUGCUUUUUGUUGACGAACGUAAGCUCUGCUUUUCUUGUUUUGACGAACCUUUCUAACUAUUUAUAUUUAUGAAUGUGAUAUUAUCAUAAAUUCUGCGCGAUUGUAAACGAAAGAAAAACUAAGCUGAGAACAAAAUUCUUACAUUUCGGUUAGUUUUUAGUUUUAUUUACAUAAGAUACUUAAGCUGCAAACUAUCUUUUUAUAUACAUUUUACCGAUAUAAAAUUAAAUAAAUAAAUACAUGAAUAAAAUUAGA